ACUACCGCGAGCCGAUAAACAAACACCCCGAACGGGUGGGAAAAACCCGCGGUUAACGGUGAACACGUCUCCUCGCCGAGGAGCUCACUUCCCCCGGUUAGUAACGGGGCACCGGGCGCCCCGGCGGUGACUCUUCUGCGCGGCGUUUGUCUCUCGGAGCGAUGAGAAAAAGCCCCGACAGCUCGCCGGUCCACGUCGAGCACCUCGGAAGCAGCGGCCCGGUGAGACAGGCAAACCGUUACCGGGGACUCCGGACCCUUUCUCCUCCCUCCGACCGUUAGCUGAGUUAGCUCAUUAUAUCACACUUUUUAAACAAAAAAAUUUGUUUUAUUGGUCCACCGAAUUUGUUUCGUUUCAAGUCGAGUUGAAUCUUCGUCCAAAAAUGUUGACGGGAUCUAAAACCACGUUCAAAGUGAGACAAAUGCUCCCGGACAUCAAGGAGAGGAUGCUGAGUCAAAGUGGCGUGAAUGUAAGGAGUCGGGAUGUGUUCGGCCUACGCUGCCUACCAGGCGAGUGCGUGCUCCAGCGAGCCGUCAUGGUGAGGAAGAAGUUGACUGCCAGGGAAGGAAGGGGUUGGGUGUCUGGGACCCUCUUCUGUACCCACUUCAGAGUGGCCUUUGUCCCGCAGGACAGUCCCAAGCCCGACGACAAUGCAGAUCCCGUGCUGUUAGGAGAUCACGAUGUGGCUUUGGCAUCCAUAGAGAAGGUUGUGGUUGUGGGCCCAAACCGGACCAAGCUGGUGAACCCAAACUCCUCCCUGAAGUUCACCCCAGAGGAGCUGGUGCUUUACUGCAGGGACCUGCGGGUCAUCUGCUUCCUGUUUGACCGCCUCACCCCUGACGCACAAGUCAUCGAGAUAACCUACACCAUCGCCAAGACCUACCAGCCUCCUAAACCGGGCUCAGUUUUAUCCUUCCAGAACGCCGCCCUGGGGAGUGUAGAAAUGAAGCAGUUUCUAAGCAACCGUCGGCGAGACACCCACACGAACUGGUUUGAGUCGGCCUCUGACUGGGAGCAAGAGCUGGAGAGGUGCGGGGCCACGGGCUGGAGGGUCAGCUCGGUCAACGACCGCUUCGAGAUGUCCACCAGCCUGCCGAGAUCCAUCGUGGUUCCACAGAAGCUUCUGGACACGGAGCUGAAGAAAAGCUUCGCCCACUUCCAUGAAGGACGCAUCCCUCGCUGGUGUUGGCGACACCCCCGAGGCAGCGAUCUCCUGCGAAUGGCCGGCUUCCAGAACAACAUCUACCACGAGAAAGACGACAUCAGGAACCUGGAGAUGAUCCUGUUUGGCUGCCAGUCGUCUCUGUGUGUGGUGGUGGAGCUGGACGAGGAGCUGCCGUCCCCUGCAGACAUCCAGCUGUCUCACAGCCGCCUGCGCGCCCUCUGUCUGGGAGACAUCUCCACAUCCGUCUCAGUGCCUGAUGACAAAUGGCUGUCAACCCUGGAGAGCACCCACUGGCUGGACUACACCAGGGCCUGUCUGAGGAAAGCUUCGGAGGUCGCCUGCCUGCUCCGCGGCGGUCACCUGACUGUGGCACUGCAAGAGGCGGACGACCGCGACAUGGCCUGCGUGGUGUCCAGCCUGGUGCAGGUGAUGUGCGACCCCCACUGCCGGACCCAGCAUGGCUUCCAGGGCCUGGUGCAGAAGGAGUGGGUGAUUGCCGGCCACCGCUUCUCCAGCCGCAUCAACUACCACCGCGACAACGACAAGGAGGAGGCCCCCGUCUUCCUUCUCUUCCUGCACUGUGUUUGGCAGCUCUCGUCCCAGUAUCCCACCCGCUUCCAGCUGACGGAGGACUUCCUGUUGGCCCUGCAUGACAGCAUCCACCUGCCACUCUUCUCCAGCUUCUUGGCCAACUGCCAGCGAGAGAGAUGCAAACGCUCCCAGAACCUCGGGCAGUCCUACACACCGGUCAAUGGCUGGAGAGACGUGGACUCCUCCUCCGAUCCCUCGGACCCUCCUCUGCCCUCGGUGUGGGACUGGUCCCUGCAGUACAGCAAGCACAGACGGGACCGCUUCACCCAACCCGUCCCCCCAAUCCCUCCCCUCCAACCGCUGCUCAACGGCAACCUCAACACCCACCCGGACACGCACAGGCCGGCCGACACCGCCCCCGGCUCCGUCUUCCUCCUCUCUCGGGGGACCUUCUCCUGCCCCGUCAACCUGCUCCCCUGGCGCGGCGGCGGUUCGGGGGUCUACAAGAAGAGCCACCGCAGGGCGGCGUCCUCGGAGAACGUGCCCGGCCUGGAGAGGCUGCUGAAAGCCUGGUCCAUGGCGGAGCUUCCCAAAGGCCUCGCGUCCACCUCGGCCCCUCAAGGACCACCGGACCCCUACGAGCCCUUACUGCCUCUCCUGAUGGGGCCCUGCAUGGGCCUGUGGAAGGAGUGCUACCUCCGGGGGGCGCUGCAUGCACAGGCCUUCUCCCACCCCGUCUCAGCCAACCACCCCCACCCCGUGGAGCGGCUGGCCCGCGAGGUGCAGCAGCUCAAGGACGAGCUCGCGCAGGCGUCCAGCGGCGCCGAUCCGACCCCGCCGCCCAAGGCGGCCGAGCCCCGCCGGGCCGACACCAACCUGAACCAAAACGCCAACAACGGCACCUUCCUCUUCCCGGGGUCGCGGCCCCAGAGCGCGACGGCGCCCAGAUCGGCGCCCCCUCCUACCUCCGCCAACCGCCAGUCCUCCAGGGGCCCUCCUCCUCCGCCCGCCUCAGCCCCACCCACCCGGCACGGCCACAGAGACAAUGGCGGCGGAAACAAGCACACGUUCCUGUUCGGGGCCCCUCCCCCGGCGGAGGCCCGCCCCGACCAGCGCUAUUACCCAGCACCCAAUGCUGCCAAGCUGCCUAAGAGCAACGGGUCCUCGGUGGCUUCCUGAGCUCACAGGAGACCCAGGCGUGUUUUUCCUCUCAAAUCCUAUUUGAUAGACUGUAAGGUUAUUUAAAGAAAAACUACAAAAAAACAUUUAGGUGGUCGGCAGUGACUUCGUCUCUACUGUAUUACAACAAAAAAAAGAAUAUGUGACAAC